AUGAUGUUACGACGAGCGGCUGCCAGUGCAGUCAGAUCCAGCCGUCGACAUCUAUCAACACAGAAUUUUCGAUAUCAGGCAUUACAAACUGAAUCUGCUUCUACCGCCGUUGUCCCCACCUCGACUCUCGACCCGUCCAAAUUUGCACAAAUAUACGAUAAAGAUUUCUCUGACGAAAGCGUACCCGAUGCACCGGUCCCACAAUCCGUGCGAGCAAUCUACCAUGCCCCCAUAAAGGUCCCCGCGCAAUACGGUGUUCCCAGCUGCGACCUUCAAAUCCGUUCUUUUACAGUCAAAAAUGUAGAGUUUUUCUGUGAUUUUGCAUUACGAGCUGCUUAUUAUUUACGAUUGCCGGCGUUUGGCCCGAUACCUUUACCGCGAAGGACGGAGAGAUGGACGGUACCGAAGAGUAACUUCGUGCACAAAAAGGCGCAGCAGAAUUUUGAGAGAGUGACGUUCAAGAGGUUGAUACAGAUUAAGGAUGGAGAUCCGGAGGUGGUGCAGAUUUGGCUGGCGUUUUUGAGGAAGCACGAAUACCAUGGUAUUGGUAUGAAGGCGAAUGUUUAUGCUUUCGAGAAGUUGGGAACCGGCACGGUGAUGGCGGAGAAGUUGGCUGAGAUCAAACAGAAAGCUGCAGACGGGAAACUGGAUCAUAAUCAACAGCUGACAGCUGUACGGAAGGCAUUUAACGCCAGCCAUAACAUCUCGGAUACAAAGCCGGGGUCCGAUGCCGCAAGAAAGAGUAUAACUGCACUCGCUAACCGUAUAAACAAACUAAUUCCUAUCCUUGGAAAAUCCGAAGCCAGCCUAAACGAUCUUAAAAACGAAGUCAAAAAGAAAGGGUUCACAAUGGGUUAUAACCAGCCAUCGGGCCCACGGCUUGUCUGGGAUCGUCCUCACUAUGCGCGAAAAUCAUGGAUACAAAUUCUGGAACGUUUGGAGAAAGAGACAAAAGACGCCGCGCUCAACAUGGUCAAUAUACGAGCGGAUAUGAAUAUGGCUUAUGGAAAGAACUGGAGGUCACGACUAGAUUUGAAGCCUCAUCAUAGGGCACACAGGAAUAAAAUAUUUACAGCAGAAGACAAGAUUAAUGAUAGUUUGAAGGAUAUCAAAGGUAUCUGGAAGACUUUGCAUGUCGAGUAUGGUGAGCUAUGGGGGAAUAGGCUGCAUGAAGGAAGGCCGAAGGAGAAGUUGUGGAAAGAGAGAGUGGGCCAGAAACCUUUAUCAGAGAAACAGGCAGCGAAGUCGAGACAGCGAAAAGAAGUACUCGGGAAGUUGACUGAUAAGGUUAAAAUAGCGAAGGAUAAAUUGGAAACUGCAUCUGCCCAACCUGAAAUCCUUGCUAAAGCAGAAGCAAAUAAGGAGCCAAUUACCGCCACAGCAGACGUUGGAGCGAAAGUUGAGGCCGCUCAUCCAGAGCCAACAGCUUCAGAGGAUGCCGUAGCUGCAGAUAAGGCAAACGUUGACCUGAGCCACCCCGACCCUCUUGAUUUGAGGACUGCAAAGGAGAUUGAGGUUGAAGCCACUCCCACUGAAACCACCGAGGCCAGCUCGACAGAGAUCCCUGCGGCCGAACCGGCACAAGAGACCACUGUUAAAAAGGAGGACACCGGAGCCCCGGAGCCCCCUCAGCCUACAGAGUCUGAGUCCGCUAUUGCGGCAGACUCAGAGCUUGUUCCAGAGCCUACACAAGAAGCCACUAAGGAGGAGACUCCAAACGCAAAGGAGAUCCAGGUCGAAGAAGCAACGAAGAAGGACAAUUAG